AUGGCUGAACACGAAAAUCCAUUUCGACCGGAGGAGGUGUUGUACCAUGAAGUGGAUCCGAUCGUGGAGCAGUACAUGCAGAAACCAUUCCCCCCAAGUCGACCAGGAAGUGCAGAGAACACGCCUGUGAAGCAACAAAAGGAUGGCUCAUUAUCAUCUCCAGCUUACCUACAAAAUGGUUUAUCAAAGGAGCAGUUAAUGGACAACGAGAAGGCACAGUCGCAACCACUUCUGUCUUCAGAUCAACGACAAUCGAGUCCAGAAAAGAAUGCAGCGGCCGGUGAUUUCGUCGACGACCUGCCACCAGCAGGCAAAGUCGAAUUGGUUCACGUGAAGAAGAGGAAAUGCGGUUGCUGUACAGUGCAGUAG